AUGAAGCGCGUGACGGGUCAGCGGAUAACUAAUGGAAUUAACGGCGAGCGGCGAGCGGCGAGAUUGCGUCCGCUCGCUUCGCGCUCCUUACAUCCUAAGGGAAACAUCCUUGGGAAUUACUCAGAAUUAGGUCCUGGACUGGAUUUAUUGGAGCCAAACCUGCUACUUUUGCUGCUGCAUGAUGCAGAACAGCGGCCCCGGCCGUCAGGCCAGGAGCAUGUGGCGUUUCGCACGCGCCUCGCAAUCGAGUUGGGCGCGAUCGAUGGUCCCGAAUUAAGUAUUAACGCGGAAAUGGCCUUUAAUCGUCCUAGCAUCCGAUCGCACGGCGUCGAUUACUGGCUAUCGGCAAAGAAGCAAAACACGCCACAGCCAGCCACGCGGUCCCCAUCCCCAAUUCGACAUUUUCUCCCACAUGCGUUGUCAAAGUACCCUAUCAACUUAAAGCAGUGUCAUCUGCUGCCA